AUGGAGCAGCACAGGCGGCUUCCGCCUGAUAGGGAUGGGGGGGACCUGCGGAGACACCGCAGCGCCCCAUAUGCUGCUGCUCCUGCUGCAGUGAACUGUGUUGCUGAUGAUUCUUACCAGGACGACCCCUGGGGCAGCCACGGCUGCAACAGCAGCAGCAAGCAGCACUACGAGGCCUCUUCCUGGAAGCAGCAGCAGCAGCAGCAGCAGCAGCAGCCCGCUUCGCAGUUCUCGCGGGGCCCCCGCCGCACGCCCUCGGGCAGCGAUUAUGGCAGGCAGCAGCAGCACUAUAAUAGCUACCCGCAGCAGCAGCGGCAGCACUACUGGGAGCAGCAGCAGCAGCAGCAGCAGCGGCACCAGGAGCCGUCCCGGUAUCAGGGCAGCAGCAGACACAGCAGCAGCGGCGCCCCGUAUAUGCGCCGCAGCCGCAGCAGAAGCCGCAGCCCUUACUGGCACGGAGGAGCAGCAGCAGCAGCAGCAGCAGCAAACAGCAGCUGCAACAAUAGCCUCAGCAGGCAGGGGCCCCCCUCAUGGGGGCCCCCUGCAGCAGCUCGGGAUGGGAGGGGCUCUUGGUCCUACGCGUACCAGAGGCCGCGGAGCAGCAGCAGCAGCAGCGGCAGCAGCAGCAGCAGCACCCGCUGCAGGUGCAGGAGCGGUGUCAGUGCAGAAGCCGCAGCAGCAGCAGAGAGGAAGCAGCAGCAGCAGCAAGAAAAAGCCCCGGCUACCGCUACAAGGGCGACGGGGACUGGGCGAGAGAAAGCCGCUACGGCGCUGCUGCUGCUGCUGCUGCUGCAGCAAACUCUCGCGCAGAUGCAGCGACAGGGGCUGAACGCAGGAGAGGCGCCCCUGUCGACGGCUGGCAGCAGCAGCACCAGCAGCAGCAGCAGCAGCAGCAGCAGCGCAUGCGGGGGCCCUUCGGGCCUGCUCGCUACUCCCGGCGAAUGGGAAGCAGCGAUGCCCCCGGGUCCUAUGGUGCUGCUGCUGCAGCAGCAGCAGCAGACAGCAGAGGCAGCAGCAAAAGGGACUGCUGGGGGCCCUCCCCUGAUGAGCCCCGGCAGCAGCGCCUUGCUGCUGGCCCGCCUGAGGGAAGGCCCCAGCGGUACCGCCCCAGCUCUGCUGCUGCUGCUGCUGCUGCUGGGGGUUACGGGCGACGUGCGGGGGAAGCACCUGGUGGGCUCUCGGCUGCGGCCGCAGCAGCAGCAGCAGCAGCAGCAGCAGGGGGGUCCGCCGCUGCCGCGGGGCGGCGGCGCUGCAGGCCCUUCGCAGCAGCUGGAGCCGCACGCAGCAGCUGGGCAGCAGCAGCAGACUUCCCCCGGGAGCGCGCAGCAGCAGCAGCAGCAGCAGCAGCAGCAGCACCCGGAGAGCUGCGUGCCGUGCAUUUGGUACUUCUGCCACGCGCAGGGCUGCAACAGAGGCAGCAGCUGCAUGCGCUGCCACUCCGAAGAACACAGAGACCCAAGUUCUUUGCUGCACCCUUUUUAUUUGCUGCACAGCAGAGGCUGCUGCAUGCCCUGCCGCCGCUUUGCUGCUGCUGGCUGCUGCUCCCAGCCCCACUGCGUCUUCUGCCACGGGGGGCCCCCGGGGGGCCCCCCUGCCUGCUGUGCCACGCAGCAGCGCAUGCAAACCCCCACUCGCCUUCCCACCCUUCUGUGCUGCUGCACCUCAAGCGCUGCUGCAGCCCCUGCAGACUUUUUGCUGCUGGCCGCUGCAACAAAGACCCCGCCCGCUGCCCGCGCUGCCACCACCCCAGCCACAAGCAGCAGCAGCAGCAGCAGCAGCAGCAGCAGCAGGAAGACGCCCACGCGCGAGAGAAGGCUGAACAGGAUCAGGAGGAGCAGCGGCAGCUGCAGCAGCUGCUGCUGCUGCAGCAGCAGGAGCAGGAGGAGCUGCAGGCAGACGGAGAUGAGUUCUGGGAAGACCUCAGCGAGGGAGCUUCAGACAUGCCCGCGUACCUGCAGCAGCAGCAGCAGCAGCAGCAGGGAGAGCAGCUGCAGCAGCAAGAAGAGAAACUCGAGGCAGCUCAAGGUGCGUCUGCACCCGAACAGCUGCAGAAACCGCAGCCGACCUGUGCAAGCGAAGCGCAGCAGCAGAAGCUGCUGCUGCAGCAAGACGUGCAACAUCAAGAGGUCGAGCAGCAGCAGUACGACGCGCAGCUGCAGCAGCACGACGCGCAGAAGCAUCAGCACGACGCGCAGCAGCAUCAGCACGACGCGCAGCAGCAGCAGCAUGACGCGCAGCAGCAGCAGCAUGACGCGCAGCAGCAGCAGCAGCAUCAGCACGACGUGCAGCAGCAGCAGCAGCAGCAGCAUGACGCGCAGCAGGAGCAGCAGCAGCAGCACGAGCAGCAGCAGCAGCAGCAGCAGCAUGAGCAGGAGCAGCAGCAGCACGACGUGCAGCAGCGGCAGCACGACGUGCAGCAGCAGCAACACGAAAUACAACAGCAGCAGCACGACGUGCAGCAGCAGCAACACGAAGUACAACGGCAGCAGCACGAC